AUGUGUGAUUCUUUUGUUUUUCCUCUUUCUGGCUUUUUUUUACACCAUUCUUUUAUCUAUCUGUCUGUUUCAUUCUUUGUUCAUUGCUUCUUUUCACCAUUCAACUCUCUUUUUUAUCUCCGCCAUUCUUUCUUUUGUUCAUUCGUUCUUUCGGCUAAUCUUUUUUCUUUCUUUCUAUCAAUCUUUCUUUACUUGAAUCUUUCUUUUGUUCUUUUUUUAGGUUAUUCGUACUUUUUAAUAAUCUUUUCCCUUUCUUUCUUUCUUUCUUUCUUUCUUUCUUUCUUUAGUUUAUUCGUUCUUUCAAUUAAUCUUUUACGUUUCUUUCUGGCAUUAUUUCUUUAUUUUGGGGAAUCUUUUUCCUUCCUUCUUUCCUUCCUUCCUUUAGUUUAUUCGUUUUUUAUGUUAACUUUUUCCCUUCUUACUUUUUUUUGUGAAUAUUUUUCCUUUUUUCUUUUUUCUCUCGAGGUUCAUAUUUUUCAUUUCAUUCGUUCACUCAUUCUUUCAUUCUUUCUUUCUUUCUUUCUUUCUUUCCUCUUUUUAUUUUCUCUUUCGUUCGUUUUCUUUCCUUCUAGCCUUUUUGCGUUUUCUUUCUUUUCAUUUAGUCUUUCUUUCUUUCUUUCUUUCUUUCUUUCUUUCUUUCUUUCUUUCUUUCUUUCUUUCUUUCUGUUAAUCUUUUUCCUUCGUUCUUUUCUUUCUUUCGUUAAUCAUUUUUCUUUCUUUCGUUCUUUCUUUUUUUCAUUCAUUCAUUCUUUUUUGUUUAUUUCUUGUCGAAAUAGGUUCUUCAUCUAUCUAUCUAUCUAUCUAUCUAUCUAUCUAUCUAUCUAUCUAUCUAUCUAUCUCAUUCUGAUUAUUAAAAUCUAUCUAUCUAUCUAUCUAUCUAUCUAUCUAUCUAUCUAUCUAUCUAUCUAUUUCAUUUUGAUUCUAUUGCAUUCAGAUUCUAUCUAUCUAUCUAUCUAUCUAUCUAUCUAUCUAUAUAUCUAUCUAUCUAUUUCAUUUUGA